CCCAGUGCCUAGAAUUGAUCUGCUAGCAAAUUGAGGCUCUUUUUGAUCAGUUUGUGGUUCUUGGUGCGGCUGUUGUUUUGGAGGACUCCUUUGAAGGUGGAGUAAAGGCCCUCACUCCUUCCUCCUGCCCCCCUCCUGGGUGGGGGAUACCCACUGGAAAACAUUAGCCAAAAGGAGACCACAGCGAAGCAGAAGAGCAAGGGUUGGUGUAUUCGGAUCUCUGCCGCAUGUGAGAGGCCUGUAGGAGACAGGAAGUGGAGAUGCCCAUGAUGGAGGCUGAGGAGCAACAGGAAGAUGCAAACACCCCAUCUGAGGAUGAAACCAAGAGGAAGGCUCGUGACUGCCUGCGCUAUGCACCCCUCUGGAUGGUCCUUGUUUUGUUGGCUGGAGCUGGAGCACUGAGUUGGUAUUUCCUAGACUACAGACCACGGCACUUGGAAUCAACUGUUCUGCAGUUCUACUCAGGCAGCCUCCGGAUCCUCAAUUAUCAGUACUCCCUGGAUCUUGGACGGCCAGAAUCCAGAGCCUUCUGGACUGAGUCAGCAAAGCUACAGAAGAUGCUAAGAGAACUCAUUCGUGUCACGGACUUGGAUCCAUAUUACAAUUCCAGCACAGUUUAUGCCUUUGGGGAAGGGUCCCUUACCUUCUUCUUCUGGUUCGCCCUUCAAGUCCCAGAGAGUCAGCAUAAGGAGAUGACAGCUGAGAGGGUGAACGUGAUUCUUUCCGGAGAACUUCUCACCAGUACCAACAGUACUGGCAGAUCCUAUCAGACAGAAUACCAGGUUGACCCAGACUCUCUGAUUCUGCUGGAAUCCAGUGUGAAAGACAUAGUAGUGCUGAAAUCGACUCUGGGUUGCUACAGGUACAGCCUCAUCAGGGAAGAGGAAGUCCUCAGGCUGAAGGGCCCUGACUACUUGGCCUCCAGUUGUCUUUGGCACCUCCGUGGUCCCAAAGGUCACAUGAUCAAGCUACGGCUGGAGUGGACCCUCCCAGAGUGCAGGGACCGGCUGGCUAUGUAUGAUGCAGCUGGGCCAUUGGAGAACCAUCUUAUCACCUCAUUCUAUGGCUGCAGCCGUCAGGAGCCCAUGGUGGAAGUCCUUUCUUCGGGCCCCGUCAUGUCCGUGGUAUGGAAGAAAGCGAUGUAUAGCUACUACGACCCUUUCAUCCUCACCGCCCAGGCUGUGCCCUCUGAAGACUGCCAGGUGAAUGUAACGCUGCAGGGAGGCCUGGACCUGCAGGGGAAGAUCAGCACGCCACACUACCCGAGCUACUACUCGCCCAACACACAGUGCACCUGGCACAUGAUGGUCCCAUCUCUCGACUAUGGCGUUGUCCUGUGGUUUGAUGCCUAUGCACUGAGGAGACAGAAUUUUGAUCUGCCAUGUACUCAAGGCCAGUGGAUUAUUCAGAACAGAAGGUUGUGCGGCCUACGGACCCUGCAAGCCUAUGCCGAGCGAAUUCCUGUUGUGUCCUCCACUGGAAUCACCGUCAACUUCUCCUCUCAGAUCUCCUUAACCGGACCUGGAGUGCAGGCUGCCUACAGCCUGUAUAAUCAAUCUGAUCCCUGUCCAGAGGAGUUCCUCUGUUCUGUCAAUGGACUGUGUGUCCCAGCCUGUGAUGGGAUCAAAGACUGCCCCAAUGGACUGGAUGAGAGAAACUGUGUGUGCUCAGCGAAGUUCCAGUGUGAGGAGGACAGCACUUGCAUAGAGUUCACCAAGGUCUGCGACCAGCACCUGGACUGCGUUAACGGGAGCGAUGAGGAGAAGUGCAAUGAAGGAGGCCCCUGUGGUUCUUUCGCUUACCAGUGUGCAGACAGGAGCUGUGUGAAGAAACCCAACCCUCAGUGUGACUUCACCCCUGACUGCAAGGACUCGUCUGAUGAGAAGCACUGUGACUGUGGAUGGCAGGCUCCUUUGAACCGGAUUGUGGGUGGCGUCAAUUCUAUAGAAGGGGAGUGGCCGUGGCAGGCUAGCCUGCAGGUCCGCGGGAGCCACGUUUGCGGUGGGACGCUGAUCGCCAAUCGUUGGGUGGUCUCGGCUGCUCACUGCUUCCAAGAUGACAGCGGAUUGGCUUCCCCAUUCAUCUGGACUGUCUACCUGGGCAAGUACUUCCAAAACAUCACGAGCCAGAAUGAGGCGUCCUUCAAGGUGAGCCGUAUCCUCCUGCACCCGUACUACGAGGAGGACAGUCAUGACUACGACGUGGCCUUGCUCCAGCUUGACCACCCAGUUAUAAACUCAUCCUUCAUUCAGCCCAUCUGCUUGCCCGCCCACUCCCACCUCUUUGAACCUGGCCUCCGUUGCUGGAUCACCGGAUGGGGGGCUCUCAAGGAAGGAGGGCACACAAGUAACAUCCUGCAGAAGGCGGAUGUGCAGCUGAUCCAGCAGGACAUCUGCAGCAAGGCCUAUCACUACCAGAUCUCUCCCAGAAUGCUCUGUGCUGGCUAUCACAAGGGCAAGAAGGACGCCUGCCAGGGUGAUUCCGGAGGUCCCCUUGUCUGCAAGGAGCCCAGUGGCAGGUGGUUCUUGGCUGGCCUGGUGAGCUGGGGGCUGGGGUGCGCACGUCCAGAUUAUUACGGGGUCUACACCAGGAUCACUAGCGUGAUAGGCUGGAUGAAACAGACAAUGAGCUGAGGAAUGUCCACCCGUGCCUUCCCCAGGCACAGGCUGAGCUGUUUACCUGCUCCUGACACUGAUCACUUGUCUCCAUCACAUUGGGAACGACAGAGACUAUGUUUUGUUUGCAAGUGUCAUGCCUGAGGAGCCUAAAGCCUUUGGAACGGGGUGAAAGCAAAUCUGCCCUGGGGGUAUGUACCAGUGGGAAGCUCCUCCACCCUCUCCAAGAAAUGCCAAGUCUUACAUUAAGGCCAAGCCCACAAAGGUCUUUGGUGCAUCAGAGAGAGAGAGUGGAUGGAAAGCCAGGGAUCUUGAGAAGAUGCUUUCUGGGCAGGGGAAUGGGGGAGACGAACUUUACAUGAACUACAACAUGAUUCAUCUCCAGUCCCAAUGCGGGAACAUUUGCUGCAAGAAAAUCUGACUGAUGCACAUAGCAAUGUGAUUCCAGGAACUGUGAUAUCAAUCUGGCUCUCUCUCCUUCCCUGCCAUGUAUCCUUCUCCUCCCCCCACAUCGCUCCUUCUCGCCCAUCUCUUUAAUUGUUUCUUUCCUUAGCUAGAGGGUGUAGUUAGCUUCAACCAAGCCAUUAUGUGUAUAUCAGAGCCUCCAAGGCGCGAUCCAUCACCAUUUCCCCAAGUACGUGUCACUGCCACAGUGCUGUAAUUUCACCAUCAUUUUAUGCUACAGUUGGACUCCCUCCAGGCAGAAUUUGUGGCCACUGAAACAUCUGUGCAACCUCCUAUCCACUCCCUUGAAAUCAUUUAAGACCUUUACCACAAAAGAUCUUCCUCCACUUCCAUCCUCUAUGGUCAGCAAGGGAGGGGAGAAGACCGCAAGCAGAAAACUGUAGAUGGUGAUGGAUCUGUAUUUAUAAAGAACUAUUACAGGACACAGUCCGGAAUUGAGAAUAAAACCAAUUAUUUUUUGCUCUGAAA